UUGCACUGUUGUCAAAUUUCUUGAUAGCAGAGUGCGUUAUCAUUUCGUUAUCAAAAGCUUAAUUGCAUUUUAAAAUGAAUGGGUUAUAGAGUAUUUACUGAGCAUUUAACAUUUAAUAUACAUCUUAAAUUUUAUUUAAAAACAAGUCGUCAUCUAACUAAAUUAAGUUUCUUUAGAAACCACAUAUACAUACUUCAAAGGUAAUAAAUAAUUUAAUUACCGAAAAUCAAUAACAUAUCAUUUGAUACCGAUAUGGAAUUCACACUCAAUAUUUUCACCUUGAACUGUUGGGGUAUACCAGUGGUGUCUAAGAAUAAGAAAGAAAGAUAUGAAGCUAUAUCUACAUACUUAUUAAAAAGCGAACAUAAUAUAGUAUGUUUGCAAGAAGUUUGGAGUGAAAAAGAUUACCUAUAUUUAAAGGAGAACCUAAAGAAUGUACUCCCAUAUUCUUACUACUUUUACAGUGGAGUUCUAGGUUCAGGUCUCUGUGUAUUUUCUAAAUGGGUAAUCCAAGAUGUCUUCUUCCAUCAGUGGCCCUUGAAUGGGUACAUACACAAAAUACAUCAUGGUGACUGGUUUGGAGGAAAAGGUGUGGGUCUCUGUCGGAUCAAGUUUGGGGAGAGACUCAUCAAUGUCUAUUGCACACAUCUUCACGCAGAAUACCACGAAGACGACAUGUAUCUAGCUCAUCGUGUGCUUCAGGCAUACUCAACAGCAGAGUUCGUCAAAUUAACAUCAUCACCAGCUGAUGUUUCUAUACUAGCUGGAGAUUUAAAUACUGCACCCGGGGAUUUGUCUUAUAAGAUAAUAUCCCAACUGCCAUCUCUUCUUGAUCCAUAUAACAUGAAGUUUGAAGGGACCAAUCCUUUAAUAGCUAAAGCAUCUGGUACAAGUGAUAACCUCAACAAUAGCUAUUCGGAUCCUAAACAAGUAAAGGCAUAUCCUGAAGGGAAACGUAUAGAUCAUAUAUUAUUCCAUACUAACCAUUCUUGGGAGGCCCGUGUCGUGAAUUUCGGUAAUCCGUUACCAGAUAGAGUUCCAGAACAACAGUUUUCUUACUCUGAUCACAAUGCAGUCUCGCUUGAGUUACACCUAAAACCUUGUGAACAAAAAUUAAACCAGAGACAAGAGAGUGUAGACAGUGCAUUUCAAGAAACUAUCACUCAAGCGAUCAAAGUUUGCAGGGAUGCCACAACAAAUUUAUCGAAAUCAAAAAAGCUGUAUUUACUCAGCGGCGGUUUAAUAUUCAUGUUUUUGUUAGGUUCAGUAGGUUUCUGGCCUAACUUUCUUAUUUAUGAUGUACUGAAACUUCUUAUUACAGCCUUAUGCUUCUACAAUUUAGUAAUGGGAUCUCUAUGGAAUCAAAUUGAAAUGAACAGUUUGAAAGCUGGUCUGAAUGCCUUAGAGAAUUUCAUUCAAACAAGAAAUGAUACAAAACCCGAAGACAUCAAUAAAGAGGAUGUUAAAAACAAAUGACACGCGGAAAUAUUUUUUAUUAAAACUAAUGUUUGGAACUGAGCUAAUAAAUCCGUACUAAUGAGAUUAAUAGAGGAUAUAUUUUAUGAAUUUUAAAUAUACAUUAUUUAUACAUAUAGUAACUUAUUAUAAAUAAAUUAUCUUGAUAUCACAUCACUUUUAUACAAUAUCAGCACUGUGUUAUAUCUUAUUAAAAAUGAAUGUAGGAUAAAGCUUUAAUAUAAGUAAAAACUUUACCCACACAGUGGCCUCAACCUAGUAUUAUCCCGAGUAAUGGAUACUGGUCGUACUAAACUACACUCGAAAAUACAAUUUUUCACAUAGAUACUGCUUCGACCCGGUAUUGGGGUUUGACUGCUCAUUUUCUACAACAAUAAAUCAUUAAAAACCAUAGUUUCAUUAAGGUUUAAUGUAACAAAAAAUUUUUACUUGAAAUUUCUUGAAUGUACAUUUAUUUUAUUAGCACCUAAUUGUAAGUCAAAUUUUAACAGCCACUAGCAAAUCGCACUGGUGCCAAAUGAAUAUCGAUUAAGUUAAUUGAUGUUGCGGAAAUUAUAGAACAAAUGAAUGAAUCUAGGAGAACGUAAAUAGUUUUUGUUUUAUCUUUUUAGUGGGUUUAAUUAAAACUACUAUAACAGUUUGUUCCCGCGAUUGCACAUACUUCAUAAUCAUUCCUUUAUUAAAGAAUCCAAAAGCAAAUUAAAUUGCAAUAAAUACUAUGCUAAUAUUCUUUUGAACAUUUACUAAUUUAUAUCACGCUCAAACAUGAACAAGGCACAAUUUGUACUUAACUUGAAGGAUGAACUAGGUGUUUUCCUUGGUAAUUAUAAUUUAAAAAAAAACAACAGAAAAUUUAAUUGUAUUUAAUGAUCUUUAGCAACGGUGGGCUUUUAUAGUAAAAAAAGAUUGCAGCCUAUUUUUAAACCUAGUACAACAUCAUAUCUGUGCCUCUACAAUAAACAAUGUAAACACUUACCAGGCAAUAAAAACGAAUGUAACUGAUAUAAUUUUAUAUGAAAUCAAUUUUUAAUCGUGCUAUUGAAAAAUGUGUAUGAUGUGUAAUCAUGUAGUAAUUAAAAAAUAUUCAAAUAAAUAAAAUUUAUUAAAA